UCAAUACCGCGAUAAUGAAGAUACGCGACGGCCAACUGAGGGCACCUGUGUAUAUAGGCGUCUCUCGUAUCUUCCCCCAAGAGACAUUGUACCCGACGAUGCUGCAGUGGCGUACACUGACUUUCUACGAGAAUUCCCGGGUACGUUCGCCGUUAUUGCUUCUGUUUCAUAUUCCCCAUUUGUCAGCAGAAUAUCGGCUUACCUGGAUACUCGACACUCUCCGCCGUACCGACUUUACGCGACUAGAGACGACCGGUGAGACUUAUGUCGACUAUAUGGGCGGCGCCAUAUAUCCAGAGAGCCUUAUACGCGUCCAUACCGACUUUUUGCACCGCAGCGUCCUCGGAAAUACCCAUUCAGUCAGCAACAGCUCCAAGCUAUCCCUAAAAUGUGCAGACGAAGCCAGAGCAGCGGUUCUUUCAUUCUUUCGAGCGCCUCCCGAGUACACAGUCAUCUUUACGACAAAUGCUACUGGUGCCCUGAAACUUGUCGGCGAAUCCUUCCCAUUCUCUGGAGGCAGUGCCUAUGUUCUGUCUGCCGAUUCACAUAAUAGCGUGCAUGGCAUACGCGAAUUUGCAACCGGACGCGGAUCCAGGGUAUGCUACAUCCCUUGUCUGCCUCAUGGGGGGAUAGAUCCGGCUCUAGCAAAGAACAUCCUUCUCCGCAAUCACCCUCGACACAAAGAUCUUUCCCCAAGUUUAUUCGCACUAACCGGACAAUCCAACAUCACGAAUUCUAAAUCCUCCCUUUCUCUUAUUGAAUAUGCAUCCUCAUUAGGAUAUAAUACGAUCCUUGACGCCGCUGCUCUGGCGCCGACAUCGGUGGUGUCCCUCGAGGAUACGCCGGUUGACGCGAUGGCAAUUUCCUUUUACAAAAUGUUUGGCUUCCCGACGGGUGUCGGAGCGCUUGUUGUCAAAAAGUCGUUCCUGGCACAGCUGAAACGUCCUUGGUUCGCUGGAGGAACUGUCGACGUCGUUCAGGUGCCUGGGAGCAUCGUCACACGAUCGCAUAGCGCUCAUGAACAAUUUGAGGACGGAACGAUUAACUAUCUAACAUUACCUGCGAUAACAGACGGCCUACGAUUUCUUUCCGCUUAUCUUCCUUUUCUUCCUCUGCGACUUACAACGCUCCUACAUUAUGUUAUCUCCUCACUUACACGACUGCGCCACGACACAACUGGGACACCCGUCGUUUGUAUUCUAUCACGAACACCUUCAAAACGGCUUCGCUCAGUAGGCGAGCAAGCCGACACUGGCUCGAUCAUUUCUUUGGUUUUCUUAUCCCCGUCAGGCGAAAUGAUUCCCAACUCCUUCGUCGAGCAUGCUGCUUCUCAGCAUAAUAUAUCCCUCCGUACAGGGUGUAUGUGUAACCCUGGUGGGGCGGCCGCGAUCCUCAACAUCCAAGACGAGAUGAAACAACUAUACGCUGGAGUAACUCGUAAGGAUUUCGAGGAUUUCAUGGGGAAAGAGCUUGGGGUUGUGCGGAUAAGCUUUGGACUGGCGAGCAACUUCUACGAUGCGUGGCAAGUCAUCCGUUUCGCGACGCUGAUGUCGAAUGAACGGACACGAGAGGUCAUGUGGAGUCAGUGGACGGAGGCCUCGGGCGACAUGAUUGGCCAGGCUAUCUGAAUGGCGGACAGAAUGUAUGUUAAUCACAGUGGAACGGAUCGGGAUUAUACUAUGGGUAUUUUAUUGAAACGUUUGUUUUUUUUUUCGUUCAUUCAUUCAUCAUCUCAAGGACAUGUACAUAUUGCAUCUCAUUUUUGUUUGUUCUUUCAGUUGUAUGUUUAUAUUUCUUUCGACGUUUUUCUUUGCUGUACUUGUAUGUGUUUUUAACGUUGAAUAUAGUACGCGGCCAUCAUCAAGCGGAUCAAUGACGACGGCCUCGAGGAUAUGAAGCCUAUAUUUGGGAACGUGUAAGAGUUGGGGGGUUUUUCGUUCAAGAUUACUUUCAAGGUUCUGUC